AUGAUUUUGUUGAAAAAGAUAGAAGCUGUGGUAUUUAUUUCACUCAAGAUUGGGUCUCUCUACCAGGCGUCAUACUCGUAG